GGGCAGUUCUGUGGGCGGGUGAAGGCUCUUCGCAGCCGCCCCGCCCUGGAGCUGACUUUGGAGCCGACUUUGGAGCGGCGACCGGGCCGCAUUGUCUCCCUCUUGCGGCACCGGGACUAGUGCUAUGUCGCCCCCGCUGGAUUCGGGGAGCGCCGAGGAGCCCUCAGGGGACCUCCGCAGCGUCUUGGUCACCAGCGUGCUCAAUCUGGAGCCGUUGGAUGAGGAUCUGUACAGGGGGAGGCAUUACUGGGUACCUACAACCCAGAGGCUCUUUGGAGGUCAGAUUGUGGGCCAGGCCUUGGUGGCUGCAGCCAAAUCUGUGAGUGAAGAUGUCCAUGUUCAUUCCUUGCACUGCUACUUCGUGAGGGCAGGGGACCCGAAGGUGCCGGUGUUGUACCAGGUGGAACGGACACGCACAGGAGCCAGUUUCUCUGUACGCUCAGUGAAAGCCGUUCAACAUGGCAAGGCCAUCUUCAUCUGCCAGGCCUCAUUCCAGAAGACCCAGCCCAGCCCUAUACAGCACCAGUUCUCAAUGCCUUCUAUCCCCCCACCAGAGGAGCUUCUUAGCUAUGAGGAGCUCGUUGACAAAAGCUUACGGGACCCUGAGCUACGGAAAAAGUGUCCAAUAGGAUUAACCCGAAUUGCUGCCCAAGAAGUACCCAUUGAAAUCAAGCUGGUGGAUCUACCCAGACUGGGCCAACAGAAGGCCAAGCAGAUGUUCUGGGUUCGGGCUCGGGGCUACAUUGGGGAAGGAGACAUGAAGAUGCAUUGCUGUGUGGCUGCCUACAUAUCCGACUAUGCCUUUCUGGGCACUGCCCUACUGCCCCACCGCUACCCAGUCCGAUUCAUGGUCUCCCUUGACCACUCCAUGUGGUUCCACGCCCCGUUCCGAGCUGACCACUGGAUGCUGUAUGAGUGUGAAAGUCCCUGGGCAGGUGGCUCUAGAGGGCUGGUUCAUGGGCGUCUGUGGCGACGAGAUGGGGUCCUGGCUGUGACGUGUGCACAGGAGGGUGUGAUGCGGGUGAAGCAGCAGAAGCUGGAGAGUAAGCUGUAGGAAGAAGCUACCCCUAGACCCCUUGC